UUACUCACCCACAUGAAUCAGGAUUUCUGCAUUGCAAACAUUUUUUAACACAUCCGACAUUGGUUUAACACAUUCUUAUACAUUGGUUUGCUAAGCUAGAAUAUGUCUUAUGUGCGAAAUUAUUUAUUGGUUUGUAUGUUAUUUUAAUGUUUGCAAAAUAUUUAAAAUAUUUGAUUUAGUCAAUAAUUUAGUAAAUCUAGCCUGACCUGAAGCCAAGGGAAACCAGAAAUUUGAAUGUAUAAGAAAAAUUAGCCUUAUAUGUUAUUGCAAAAUACUAUAAAUACUUGAUUUAUUUAGUUACUACAGACAAAAAGAAAAGGCAAACGAAGUUUAUGAUCAUGGUCAAUCGUCUGACAAAUAAUUUUUAUACAUUGGUUUGUUAAGCUAGGAAAUGACAUAUGAAAUAAACUCGAUUCAUAGACAUUUCAAAGGGAGUGGAAUCAAAGUAAAAUGUGAAAAUGUAAACAAGAACAAUUGGAUUCAUACAGCAAUGGCAGGAGGAGAUUAUAGUAAAAUUGGAGUUUAUUUGGACAUGGAUUGUUUAACUAAUAAAACAUACAAUAUUAUUACAGAUGAAAUUAAAAAUUAUACUGGUUCAAAUUAUCAUUGGUUGAUAAAAAUUGGAAACUGCAAUGAGUCGUUUACAUUUUUAAAUGCUCUACCUUUAAAUUGGGAUAGUCAGUUCUCAUUGUUGACGAGUGAUGGAAAAAUUUAUCAGCUUCACAAAGAAGGCAAGUCGAAGUUGCUAAGCAUGUCUAAUACUGCCAUUUGGAAUAGUAUUGAAUUGAAAACCAUUAAAACUGUAACAAAAGAAGAUUUAAAUGGUUUAGCUGUUAAAGGUUUUAUUUCGGUGUACGCAGACCCUGGCGUAUCAGGCAUUCUCAAUUAUCUCAGGACUAAAACCAACGAUCCAAGAGAUAAUCUGGCCAAGUUUUCAUUUACGCUGCAUGACAUCCUAAUAAAAAAAUAUAAUGGGAAGCUCAAGCUUUAUUUGGCAAAUCGUACAGAAACAGGUAAAAUAUACAAAUUUAUUAACGGAAGCUUGAGCUACUACUCAGGCGGUCAGUUUUACAUGUUGGAGAAAGGCUUGGCCGAUAUUGGUCUGUACCCAGCAGAACCGUUAUCAGCUGGCCUUGAUAAAAUGAGCAUACUACCAUCAAUAACAACUUUCAGGCAAUGUUUCAUAUUUAAACAUCCAAGGCGUUUUACAAAAUUUAUGGAUAUCCUUAGCCCAUUUUCAAGCAUCGUUUGGUCAGCUCUUAUUGCGAUAUCAGUCUUGUUUGUCUGCCUGAUGCGUUUAACUUUGUACCAUGUUAACGACACGGAGUCUUCGACUGUGUUUCAAAUUAUUUUGGUCAUCAGUUCGCUCACUCAACAAGGCUUGACGGAUACGUGUGAACGUAUGUCCAAGAAGAUCAUAUACUUCAGCUUACUUAUCUUAAGUACAUUGACCUAUGGAUUUUACAAUGCCUCAUUUUUAAUUCUAAUGCUGUCACCACCGACAAAAUAUAUAAAUUCAAUUGAAAAACUGUUAAACAACGAUAUACAACUCGGUGCAGAAGAUGUUCCAUUGAACAGAUUUCAACUUAUUACAAAUUACAACAAUCUUGGUGAAAAAUCACAAUCUGCAAACUUCAGCAGACCAGAAAUGUUUUACAGCCUGUUUGACGGUGUAAAGAUGAUGAGAGAAAAAUCCUUCGCAUUUUUCACUCAUGAUUCGAAUAUCCUUAGCUUAGUCGAGACAGAAUUCAAGGAACAGGAAAAAUGCAAUUUGGCCGAAGUCGAUGUGUUUAAACCUUUUGUCGUCUCGUCAUUCAUCAGGAAGAACCUUCCUUACAAAGAACUCUUCGCAAGAGGAAUACUCUUGUUGAAAGAAAGUGGAAUCAUUGCAAGAGAAAGCAGAUUCUGGUUCAGAAAAAAAGCGCAGUGUUUUAGGUACGAUGAAUACAUUGUUGCAGAUUUCAAAUCUGCUUAUUUCGCAUAUGCUGUUUAUUUUUUUGGAAUAUGCUGCUCAAUUACACUCCUAGGACUUGAACUCCUGUAUUUGAAUAAAUUAAAAAAAAAGAAAUAGGUAACAUCAAUUCAAAUCAAAGUGAAAAAGCAAAUAUAAAUUUUUUUGUUAUCUGUAUC